AAGGUAUGAUGAUGGACAGCGAGCUCUCUGAACUGACGUCGAUUAGUAUUUUUUGCAUUGGGGAAAAUUAGCAGAGAGAACAUGAAACAAACGGGGUGGCAAAUCAUCAGGCACGUGACGGUCUGUGAGAGAGGCAGCUGGUGCGGGUUGUCGGCAGGACUACUUUGACUGCCAGACAUGGCAUGCAUGGACGUGUGGAGAGACAGACCAGACGGUCUAAGGGUCACAGCUCUGCUGACGCGAGCGAUAUCACGCACGCCCUGGAGGAGAAUCGCGCACGUUUCACGGGUCAGAUGCGGACCUCUCAUAUCUUCAGCAAUACUCCUUCUACCGAUCCCCGCAUCAAUCAAGUCAAGUGCAUUAAGGGAAGGAGGAUUGAGAACUCGGGGAAUCGGACUUUGCCCAUCACGAUAAUGCCAAAUAGCGAUUCCGAUUCGAGCUCUACAUCUACUAUCAAUUCAUCCAUGGAAGAUUGUCUCGCAACACGCCUCGUCUGUGGUGAUCUGCCUCCACGACGCAAGGCCAGCCGAAGACUUACCAUCCGACAGAGCGCCAUCCCUAUAGGACCCAAAGUGGCAGUAUCGAUUCGGACCGAACCAACGGAACCGCCACCUCCUAUCCUCACCGCACCGUCCACCGCUCCAUGCAGACCUAGACGCCGACCAGGAUUCAAGAUCGAUAUCCCGGCUCCUCUGGUCAAUGCAGAUGCGCGGACUUCUUUGGGCUGUACACCUUUCGCAGAACAUGCCAUUGUGCUCUCCCCAGCCUCAAUCAUGGGUGAUACGCCCGGUGGUGAAGGUGUAAAAACGAGAGCACCGAGAUUCGAAGCGUACUCUAUGGAUGGAUCGAAUGGGCCACAGAUGAAUGGUGGCUCCAUUGGUCAAGCGAAGGAUACGGCAGCCAUUUGGUAUACGCCUCCAGUUCGGCAAUUCGUCCGCCGUGCUUCAACGCCUUUCCCAAGGCAUGACCCGGCUGAUUGGCUCACCGCCAGUGAUAUCGAGAAUCUUAACGGGGAAGACACAGCUGAUGAGGGGACUUGAGGUGUGUGCAGUGGCGUAAUGAAAUGUUUGGAUCUCAUUGUACAUGCUCGUCUCGGCUUUGCCUUCAUUUACAACAGG